AUGUGCUUAUACAUCAUAAAUGUUUUUUUUGUCUUUGUAUUAUAUUGUUCUCUAUCUCAAUCAGUAGUACAGAAGCAUCAUCCCGAUUGUGAUUUAAAAAUUACACAAUUAAUUCAAAGUAAAGUUUAUCCAUGUGAAGAACAUAAAGUAAAAUACGAUUUUGAUCAUGAUGAAGCAUUUUGGGAUUUUAAUUGGCAUGAUAUGGCACGAGAUGAUCUUCCAUCGAUGAUCUAUUACAUUUUAAAUCAAACUAAGCAAACACAAAUCGGUUAUGUUGGUCAUUUUCAAGGUACAAUGAUUGGUUUUGCUGAAUUCGGAAGCUUCAGUAAUUCGGCUCAAAAUAAUGUUAGCUUAUAUGGAGCUCUAGCACCUGUUGCUCAUUUAGCACAUAUAAAAUCACCAUUGAAAUACUUAUUCAAUACUCCAACAAACCCUGAAGAAGUUUGGCAUACACUAUUUGGUUAUAAAGAUUUUCUUUCAUCAUCAUACAGUAUCAAAUGGCUUACAAAACAUGCAUGUGGGAAUGUUAUAUUAAAUCCAUUAAUUUAUGAAAAUAUUCUAUUUCUUAUAUGUGGGCCGUAG